GUAACUUCAUCAAGUCUCUUAGUUAGAUGACUUGACCACGACGGCAGGCGACUCUUUGGCCCGAAGCCCUCGCCUGAAGCUAAUCGAUUACGGGUCUCACGAUGUUAAACAAUAUGGAUCACUUCCAUGGCUUGAAUAACUUGAACAAUAGCUGGGAGACAAAUUCAAGCUCGUUUGGUUAUUCGAAUGGGAUCUAUCAAGCUGCUUCUAGCGGCAACUCGACGUUUGGUGUAAUCAACGAGUUUAAGUUCCUUGCCGCAAAAUCAAUACGAACUUCAACAAUCAUCCUCGCCGUUUUCAACACAAUAUCAGCUUUUGCAACAGCAGCCGGUAUCUACUACGACUGCUAUGUAUCAGCAAAACGGUCAAAUUCAGAAGGCAGGGGAAGCGUCAGUGUUUUUCGAUGCGUUCGAGGACCGGAAACAUACCCGUUUAUUUUGUCCUUGGGAAUCACAAUUCAGGGUAUUAUCUUCGCUGUUUGUCAAUCAUAUGGCUUAAAGGGUCUCUUCAUACCCGGUUGCUCCCUAAUAUCACAAUUCAUGUGGCCUGCGAUUUUCAUUGUUCCUUACAUACAGCUGGUCUUCGGACUUGAAGUAACCCUCCGAGCAUUCAGAAAGACACCGUUCCAACCGAGAAACAAGUGGACUGUCCUCAUAUGUCUCGUACUAGUCAAAUGCCUUCUGUUGUGUACCGGCUUAGUCGGCUUUUUCGUUCGACCUCCAAGUUUCUGCUUUGCUUCGCUUUUCUGGUUCGUGGCAAAAUGGGCAGAAGGCGGCUUCGUACUCUUACUCCUGAUUUCUGUCGUUUUGGCGAUUUGCAGUGUCGUCAUAUUCCUGAAAUUAACUCGACACGCAAUGAUCGAGGAUUCCGAACGAGUCAGUGCCUCUAGGAUGGUUUACUACCUUGCACUAGCUGUUGUUACCAAUGCAUUGAUUGUACCCUUCUUCAUAUACUUAUCCUUCAAGCACCCCUUAAAUGAUACUGCUGGGCUGACAUUGUCUAUGAUCUCGACCGUCGUAGCUAAUGUGACUGGGCUUACGACUGGAGGCCUUCACCUAUUUCUCCGAUCUAGAACUAUCUCUACAAUCGGGCCAACGGACAAGUUGGCUGAGUACGAGCGCCAAAAGAUGAAACAGCAGAUUCGGAUGGGGGGAACGAGCAAUGCUAUGGACUUCAACGGUCACAUCCUUCAGCCCGUAUCGGGACCCAAGUUCUCGAAAACAGAAAGUCAAGAAGAUCUUGUGGGCGAAAAAGGUGGUGAUGCGGAACGCGGAGAAAUCAUAUAUCCCGGGGGUCCCCAGACUUUCGGCACGAGCGUUCUAAAUCCUUUACGAUCCAAUGCGGUGUUUAAUGCGACAAAUUUCUCGCCAAUCCCCGAGCCUAUCCCAAUCCCCCCUACCCCUACGGCUAACGUACACAGCCGGAAACCAUCAGCUUCCUAUACCCUCUUCCCUAGCAAAAAUCAAGGCAAUACGGCUUCAGUUGCACUGUUGCCAUCCACCGCCUACAAUCCUAACCCUCAGUCAACCUUAGCUCCAAAUAACUUUCCGUUCGACGAUAUGAAUGAAGCACUCAAACCGCCCCCGUCCGUCCGAACUUGGGGCCGUCAUAGACGAGAUUCGUCAAUGGCAUCGUCUGCAACAGUCCAGAUCGGUCUGCGUAUCUCGAAUGUUGCGGACAUAGGACCAUUGCCCAAAUCUUCGACGGAAAUCGAGCGAGAAUAUCCUCAAUAUUAUCCCCAGAACGAGCUACCAGCUACUACUUACCGGCCAAGCCCUCUCGCAACUUCCAAUGCGCCGAGCUCACCAGUACUACAGAGUUCUAUCAAACCAAAAGAUACGAGUACGAAAAACACACCACCUGUAUCCGUCAAUUCCGAUGGAGAGGAGAGCACCCGCACUCUCAGUCCGACAGUCUAUAAUCCGAACAGCCCUACGAAGGCAAAGACCCCGAGUCCAAAGGGAGUCGGAUUCAACGUUCCCCGAAGAGCAAAUACCACGCCAAUACAAGGUACUUCGACACCGCCACCAACUCGAAGCCGUGGAAACUCGAGUGGGGUUGCAGAUAGCAGGUCUGAUUGGAUUUAACGCCCAUUAGACUUGUGAGGUUCACAUUAUCUGCUUUUGAGGUUAUAGACAAAAGAUGCAUCAAUAUGUACCACUAGAACCGUCUCUCCGCCAAGAGACUGAAUCCCUUCAUUAGCUUUCCUUCGACUGUUGUCAUUUUUGCUUUACAAAAGCGCGGUGAACUUCGU